GGAAUAGGGGGAUGGAAGGAUUGGAUGAGUUCAUAGAGAGGCUUUUAGAAGCAAGGAAGAACAGGAGCAAGCGAAUUCAUCUGGCGGAGUCAGAAAUUCGCAACCUUUGCACCACCGCGAAAGAUAUCUUUCUCGGCCAGCCAGUCCUACUUGAAUUGGAAGCUCCCAUUAACAUUUGUGGUGACAUACACGGCCAAUACCCUGACCUGUUACGAGUGUUUGAGUAUGGUGGGUUCCCUCCAGCUUCCAAUUACCUAUUCCUUGGGGACUACGUAGACAGAGGAAAACAGAGCAUAGAGACAAUAUGUCUCCUCCUCGCCUACAAAAUCAAAUACCCAGAAAACUUUUUCCUUCUUCGAGGGAACCAUGAAUGUGCCUCCAUCAACAGAAUCUAUGGAUUCUACGACGAGUGCAAGAGAAGGUUCAGUGUUCGUCUAUGGAAGCUAUUCACAGACUGCUUCAAUUGUUUGCCGGUGGUUGCGGUGGUCGACGACAAGAUCAUCUGCAUGCACGGUGGGCUUUCACCUGAAAUGGAAAGCUUGGAUCAGAUAAAAGCUAUUGAGAGGCCAUUGGACGUGCCGGAUCAAGGUCUCUUGUGUGACAUUCUUUGGUCUGAUCCUGAUGUGGAAAUAAAAGGGUGGGGUGAGAAUGAUAGGGGUGUUUCCUACACUUUUGGACCAGAUAUCGUUGCUGAGUUCUUGAAGAAACAUGAUCUUGAUCUUAUAUGUCGGGCUCAUCAGGUUGUUGAAGAUGGCUACCUAUUCUUCGCAGACAGACAGCUAGUGACCAUAUUUUCAGCACCAAACUAUUGUGGGGAGUUCAACAAUGCAGGGGCACUAAUGUGUGUGGAUGAAACUUUACUCUGUUCAUUUCAGAUUAUCAAACCCUUGAGAGGAAAAACCUGAAUGGUUUUUGCAAGCAGAGAACACCGGGGCUGAAAUUUUGCUCCAAACAAUUAAGUUGUUUGAUGAAGGUGUUGGAGCUCAAAGCUCUUUCCCCAAAUUCAAAAACUUGUUCUUCACAUUGUCUUAGAGUAGAUUUCUUUCUAGAGAGAGGAGUUAAGUGAGAAAUAUUUGGCACCCACCUCCAUUUUCUUCAGUUGUAAAUUAUCCAUGUAAUGAACCUGAGAUUAGAAGAGGGUAGACAUAUAAGAGAUCCAUUAAAAAAGGCACAAAGUUUAUGUAUACUUUUACAUCAUUGUAUAACAAGUAAAAUUGUACUGUACAUAUUCAACAGAUUACACAAUUCCUACUCUAAUGCUCUCCUAAGACAGCUGCAACAUCUCUUCCAUGUACAUGAAUUUGGUCUUGAUAAA